AUGGCAGCCAGGAAGGAGUACGGACCUGGACAGCCUUUCAAGGGGUUGAACAUCAACGGCUCCCUGCACAUGACCAUCCAGACCGGUGUCCUCAUUGAGACUUUGGCUGCCUUGGGUGCCAAGGUGCGUUGGUGCUCAUGCAACAUCUUCAGCACUCAGGAUCAUGCUGCUGCUGCCAUCGCCAAGGCUAACACCGCCACUGUCUUCGCAUGGAAGGGUGAGACCUUGCCAGAGUACUGGUGGUGCACUGAGCAGAUGAUGACAGUGCCAGGCGCGGAUGGAUGCGACCAGCUGGUGGAUGACGGAGGUGAUGCUACCCUGUUGGUUCACAAGGGCAAGGAGUUGGAGGAGAAGUUUGCCAAGGACGGCAGCCUGCCAGAUCCAGCCAGCACCACCAACGCCGAGUUCAAGUGUGUCUUGCAGGUGUUGAGGGACUCCAUCCAGGCGGACAAGACCAAGUACACACGAAUGGCUGCCAAGUGCAAGGGUGUUAGCGAGGAGACUACCACUGGUGUGCACCGCCUUCGUGAAAUGGCCGCCAAGGGUGAGCUGCUGUUCCCUGCCAUCAACGUGAACGACUGCGUGACCAAGUCCAAGUUCGACAACGUCUAUGGUUGCCGACACUCUCUGCCAGACAGCAUCAUGCGCGCCACCGAUGUGAUGAUCGGCGGCAAGCGUGCCCUGGUGGCCGGCUACGGAGAUGUCGGAAAGGGCUGCGCCUUCGCCAUGAGGGGUGCUGGUGCCCGCGUGCUGAUCACUGAGAUCGAUCCCAUCUGCGCCUUGCAGGCGUGCAUGGAGGGAUUUCAGGUGGUCACCAUUGAGGAGUGCGUGGGUGAGGUGGAUAUUUUCACUUCCGCCACUGGCAACUUCAAGAUCAUCACUUUGGAUCACAUGAAAAAGAUGAAGAACAACGCCAUCGUGUGCAACAUCGGCCACUUCGACAACGAGAUUGCCAUGGAGGACUUGGAGAAUUUCCCUGGCAUCAAGGUUGAGAACAUCAAGCCACAGGUGGACCGCUUUGUGUUCCCUGAUGGCCACGGUGUGAUUGUCUUGGCAUCUGGCCGACUGGUGAACCUUGGCUGUGCCACCGGCCAUCCAUCUUUUGUGAUGUCUUGCUCCUUCACCAACCAGGUGUUGGCUCAGCUGGAUAUCUUGGAGAACUGCACCAAGAACAAGAAGUACAAGAACGAUGUGUACCUGCUGCCCAAGCAGUUGGACGAGAAGGUGGCAGCUCUUCACUUGCCAUCGCUGGGUGCGAACCUCACCAAGCUCUCCAAGGAGCAGGCAGACUACAUCGGCGUCGGGGUGGAUGGUCCUUUCAAGCAGGUGAGCCUGGAACUCAGCCAGCGUUCCCUGCUGCAGCAGACGCUGGACUUUCGACCCAGGGAGGAGGAGCGAAACGUGAGCGAGGACAUCCAGGUGAAAGUAGCAGUUGGAAUCUACAUCUAUGUCACUCCCAUCAUCCUUGAGGACAGCAAAUUAGAGCCAGAGCUCAUGGUCUUUGUCUGCGGGCACCGUCGCGACAUUCCGGACGACGGACAGCCCUUCAAGGGCAUCUUGCGCUGGGCAGGAGGCGAAGUGCGCCUGGAUGCCUGGAGACCUGUAGAGCUAGGACAAGAGGACUGUCUUCAACUGUUGACGUCCAUGCGCUUUGAACCAGAUUUGCCUCGCGGACGUGCCUGGAGUCCGGUGGA